GAGCCCUUGGAACGCCGAAGGCCGGGAGAGCCUGGAGCGCAAACCCGUUGGCGGCGCCGGGAGGAGGUUAGGAUGGCCACCAUCUGGGGGAGCCUCUUGCAGGAUGAACAGCUGGAGUCACUGGCACAGCAAGCCGUGGACCGAGCUCUGGCUGAGGGAGUGUUGCUGAGGACCAAACAACAGCCCAGCUCCUCAGACGUGGUGAACUAUGCCCCUUUCACACUGUUCCCCUCACUGGUCCCCAGUGCCCUGCUAGAGCAGGCCUAUGCUGUGCAGAUGGACUUCAACCUGCUUGUGGAUGCUGUCAGCCAGAACUGUGCUUUCCUGGAGCAAACUCUGUCCAGCACUAUCAAAAGAGACAACUUCACUGCUCGUCUCUUUGAUAUCUACAAGCAAGUCCUGAAAGAGGGCAUUGCCCAGACUGUGUUCCUGGGCCUGAACCGCUCAGACUAUAUGUUCCAGCGCAAUGCAGAUGGCUCCCCAGCCCUGAAACAGAUUGAAAUCAACACAAUCUCUGCCAGCUUUGGGGGCCUGGCCUCCCGGACUCCAGAUGUUCAUCGACAUGUUCUCAAUGUCCUGAGUAAGACCAAAGAAGCUGUUAAGAUCCUCUCCAAUAAUCCCAGCAAGGGAAUGGCCCUGGGGAUUGCCAAAGCCUGGGAGCUCUAUGGCUCUGCCAAUGCUCUGGUGCUACUGAUUGCUCAAGAGAAGGAAAGGAACAUAUUUGACCAGCGUGCCAUAGAGAAUGAGCUACUGGCCAGGAACAUCCAUGUAAUCCGGAGAAGGUUUGAAGAUGUCUCAGAAAAGGGAUCCCUGGACCAAGACCGAAGACUGUUUAUGGAUGGCCAGGAAAUUGCUGUGGUUUACUUCCGAGAUGGCUAUAUGCCAAGUCAGUAUAGUCUACAGAACUGGGAAGCACGCCUACUGGUGGAGAGGUCAUGUGCUGUCAAGUGCCCAGACAUUGCCACACAGUUGGCUGGGACUAAGAAGGUGCAGCAGGAGCUGAGCAGAGAAGGCAUGUUGGAGUUGCUGCUCCCUGGCCAGCCUGAGGCUGUGGCCCGCCUCCGUGCCACCUUUGCUGGCCUCUAUUCACUGGACAUGGGAGAAGAAGGGGACCAGGCCAUUGCUGAGGCUCUCACUGCCCCUAACCGGUUUGUGCUGAAGCCCCAGAGAGAGGGUGGAGGCAACAACCUGUAUGGGGAGGAAAUGGUGCAAGCUCUGGAGAGGCUGAAGGACAGCGAGGAGAGGGCUUCCUAUAUCCUCAUGGAGAAGAUUGAACCUGAGCCUUUUGGGAAUUGCCUGCUACGGCCUGGCAGCCCUGUCCGAGUUGUCCAGUGCAUCUCAGAGCUGGGAAUCUUUGGAGUCUAUGUCAGGCAGGGAAAGACACUUGUGAUGAACAAGUAUGUGGGGCAUCUGCUUCGAACCAAAGCCAUUGAAGAUGCAGAUGGUGGCGUGGCAGCAGGAGUGGCAGUCCUAGACAACCCGUAUCCUGUGUGAGGACAUAACUUGGACUUCACUCAAGAGACCUUCUAUCCCCUAUACUUGUCAUUCCUCUCCUAGUCCUCCUGAGAGGCUGCCCUCCUCCCAUUAGAAGGGUUAGUCUCUGCCAGAGACCUCCAGGGUCUUCAAGGAAGGGUGAAUGCUGGGUACCUUCCCUUAGCAAACCAUCUGAGGAUUAGAAAAGAGAUGUUUCCUUUAGAUGAGCUCUAGAGACCCCCAAAUCUUUGGAAUGUGGGAAGGGAAAUUGUUCUGAGGAAAAGGUCUGUAAACCCUGCCACCUCCUGUUGGCCUUUCAUCAGCCUUCCCAGCAGAUUCCAAUGCCUGAUUUGAGAUAGAACUGAAUGAUAGGAGGAGGGAGAUGGAAGGGCAUAGACUUUCUCUAGCUCUGCCUUAAAUAAAAUGACAUUGCUAAUUCAAUGAUU